GUGGCCAACAUUCGUGAUUGGCCACGUCCUCAGUCUUUGACUGAUAUGAGAUAUUUCUUAGGAAUGACAGGCUACUAUAGGACUUUCGUUAAGAACUAUAGUAUAGUGGCCGCUCCUUUGACUGAUCUGACCCGCCUUGACACCCCAUGGGAGUGGACAGAUGAGUGCGAGGCUGCUUUUAGACAUCUGAAGCAUGCGUUGACGCACUACGAGGUCUUGAAACUUCCCGAUCUUGAUAAGCCAUUUAUAGUCACCACGGAUGUCAGCCAAUAUGGCAUUGGCGUCGUGCUUGCGCAGCAGGAGGGGCCAAAGUUGAGGCAUGUAGAGUACAUGUCCAAGAAAAUGCCGUCUCAGAAAUUGGCUAAGUCCACCUAUGAGAAGGAACUCUAUGUGGUUUACAAGGCGCCGACCCAUUGGAGGCACUAUCUCCUUGGGAGGGAUGUCCGGUUUACAAGUGAAUUGUGGAAGGCCGCUGCUGCAGAGCAGGGAACCCAGUUGGAAAUGACUUCUGGGAACCACCCAGAGGCCAACGGCCAGGCCGAGCAAUUGAAUCGCGCUGUUGGGGACAUAGUUUGGGUAAAGUCCUUAGAACUGGGACAGGAGUACGGGAUUUCCCAUAAACUCAUGCCACAGUACUCUGGACCAUGGGAAGUCUUAGAUAUUGUCAGGACUGAUCCAGAUGGGCCAUCUUAUGUAAUCCGAAUCCCAGAUCAUCUUCGUACUUACCCCGUCUUUCACGCCUCCAAACUUGCACCUUUCAAAGAAACUGAUCAAUUUCCAUCUCGCCGCUCAAUGCUGCCCCCAACCAUGGACGGAGAGAUGGACAUCAAUGAUAUCGUGGACCACAGGGAACUGCCAACGGCGAGACCAACAGGUAGAGGACGUCCUCCGAAACCGAAGCUGCAGUUCCGCGUUCGGUUCCGACAUCACACUGAUCCGAAGGAGGACCGCUGGUUCACAAGGGAGGAACUCAUGCAGACCGCUCCGCAGGUUGUAGCCCACUAUGAGAAAUCUCUGCAGAAGGGAAAGCGCCCUAUGGUUGAAGACUGAGCUUCUCAGAGGGCUGUUGAAGCUAAGGAGGAGGGAAUGCGAGGCUAUGCCUCUAUGAGCCCCAUUUGGCCC